GCUGCAGCUCACAGCAACAGAGUUUAGACUGUCUUUGCUUCAUCAUCUGAAGGUAAAAUUUUCCAGCCACGGCCGGCGGCUCGCAGAGUACAAUAAACAGGGACGGAGAACUCUUCGCACGGACCCCCCUUCCUCAUGAUGCGGUGGAGAAGCCGCGGCCACACGGUCCUGCCAGAUGAUCUUGGGGUUGCUGUACACGGGGAAGGCGAGCAGAGCUAAACAAGAAUUUAAAAAGGACGAAGGAAGGAAAGCGCCACCCUGCUCAAAUACAAAGAUCUAAGAGGGUUGUUUUCCCACAUCCUCCAAAGCUGUGAGCGUCAGAACUAAUAUUUUCCCAAAGAGUGCCAUCAUAUUGAAGCCACUUUAUUAAGGAGGGGUGUAUCUCAAGACAGUCAAGAAACUAGAACCCUGGGAGCCAGAGAUGACAGUGAGCACGCGCUGCUUGUGGGGCCUAUCGAUCGGUGAUCGGUGAUUGGUGAUCGGUGACCGACUUCCUGCUUGCUGACACAUUCCCCCUCCCUGGUUUCCCGGAUUGGACUGCAUUAAGGAAUUCAGGACUUACCAUCAGACUUACAUGUUGGAGUUUUCACGGCAGUUGUUUUGAGAUCAUUGAGACUCAGACUGACUUCGCCAUUUAACCGAAAGGAACAGAGCCCAAAGUCGUUCUCAUCAUGGCCUUGAACGUUGCCCCCGUGAGAGACACAAAGUGGCUGACACUGGAGGUCUGCAGACAGUACCAGAGAGGGACGUGCUCACGCUCUGACGAAGAGUGCAAAUUUGCUCACCCCCCCAAGAGUUGCCAGGUUGAAAAUGGAAGAGUGAUUGCCUGCUUUGAUUCCCUCAAGGGCCGCUGUUCAAGAGAGAACUGCAAAUAUCUUCAUCCUCCGACACACUUAAAAACCCAGCUAGAAAUUAACGGGAGGAACAAUCUGAUCCAGCAAAAAACUGCAGCAGCAAUGCUUGCCCAGCAGAUGCAGUUUAUGUUCCCAGGAACACCGCUCCAUCCUGUGCCCACUUUUCCUGUAGGUCCCACCAUAGGGACAAAUGCGGCUAUUAGCUUUGCUCCUUACCUAGCGCCUGUCACCCCUGGAGUUGGCUUAGUCCCAACAGAGGUUCUACCCACCACACCAGUCAUUGUUCCCGGAAGUCCACCGGUCACUGUCCCGGGCUCAACUGCAACUCAGAAACUUCUCAGGACUGAUAAACUGGAGGUAUGCAGGGAGUUCCAGAGAGGAAACUGUGCCCGGGGAGAGACAGACUGCCGCUUUGCACACCCGGCAGACAGCACCAUGAUCGACACAAACGACAACACCGUAACCGUUUGUAUGGAUUACAUAAAGGGGCGUUGCAUGAGGGAGAAAUGCAAAUAUUUUCACCCUCCUGCACACUUGCAGGCCAAAAUCAAAGCUGCGCAGCACCAAGCCAACCAGGCCGCGGUGGCCGCCCAGGCAGCCGCGGCCGCGGCCACAGUCAUGACUCAGUCGACUGCCAAAGCACUGAAGCGACCUCUCGAAGCAACUGUAGACCUGGCCUUCCCUCCUGGUGCUCUCCAUCCUUUACCAAAGAGACAAGCACUUGAAAAAAGCAAUGGAGCCAGCACGGUCUUCAACCCCAGCGUCUUGCACUACCAGCAGGCGCUGACCAGCGCGCAGCUGCAGCAGCACACGGCGUUCAUUCCCACAGAUAAUUCUGAAAUAAUCAACAGGAAUGGAAUGGAAUGCCAAGAAUCUGCAUUGAGAAUAACUAAACAUUGUUACUGUACAUACUAUCCCGUUUCCUCCUCAAUAGAAUUGCCACAAACUGCAUGCUAAAUUUAGUUCUUCUGGACAGACCACAACCCUAAGGCUAGCUCUGCUAUGUCAUAUAUGAGUAUUAAAUAUGGUAUGCUUAGUAUAUUCCAGCCUAAGAUAGUUAACUACCUGAGACCAGCUGCAAUGUUCAAAGACAUACAGGAUGAGGUUUUCUUUUACAGGGUUCUGAGCAUAGUUUCUGUCCCAGGAAUAUUGUCUUAUCUCCAUAACUAUAGCUGAUGCAGAAAGUCCAGCCAAUAUACUCAUUUCGACUCAGAAUAUUUCAAAUUUAGCAAUAAACAGUUAGCUUUAGUUUAAGCACCUAUUCCAAGGGCAGGUUCGAUUCUAACUCCAAUCACAACCAUUUCAUUUCCUGACUGGAUCAAAGGGUCUGAUUCACUUCCUGAGGAGACGGACAGUCGCUGCAGAGAGAAGUGAAGUAAAAAAAAACGCGCACCUGCCUCGCAGGUCUAAAGUCUGAGUAGCAGUUCAAGCACAGUUGCCGGGGGACACAUCAGAAUGUGGGGUUCGCUUUGCCAGGAGAUGCCGCACUGAAUCAUGGGAUUCUAGAAUAACAUUGCAUAGAUUGAAAAAAAAACUUUGCACGGUAUGAGCUUCAUACCCAACCCAACAAAGUCUUGAAGGUAUUAUUUUACAAGUAUAUUUUUAAAGUUGUUUUAUAAGAGAGACUUUGUAGAAGUGCCUAGAUUUUGCCAGACUUCAUCCAGCUUGACAAGAAUGAAAGGCUCAGGCCAAUAGUUGAAUUUAAGGGAUUGGUCUUUCAAACCCGCCCUCCAGUUGCCUGUUACCGAAUAACUCUUCUAAACUAAAACCUAGUGAAACAGGGAAGCUGUAGGUGGGGAGGUCUGUAUAAUAUUCCAAUUUAAGUACGUCUGAGUUUAGUCACUACAGAUGCAAACUGUGACUUUAAUCUAAAUUACUAUGUAAACGGAAAAAAAAGUAGAUAGUUUCACUUUUUAAAAAAUCCAUUACUGUUUUUGCAUUUUAAAAGUUGGAUUAAAGGGUUGUAACUAACUACAGCAUGGAAAAAAUAGUUCUUUUAAUUCUUUCACCUUAAAGCAUAUUUUAUGUCUCAAAAGUAUAAAAAACUUUAAUACAAGUACAUACAUAUUAUAUAUACACAUACAUAUAUAUACUAUAUAUGGAUGAAACAUAUUUUAAUGUUGUUUACUUUUUUUAAAUACUUGGUUGAUCUUCAAGGUAAUAGCGAUACAAUUAAAUUUUGUUCAGAAAGUUUGUUUUAAAGUUUAUUUUAAGCACUAUCGUACCAAAUAUUUCAUAUUUCACAUUUUAUAUGUUGCACAUGGCCUACACAGUACCUACAUAGUUUUUAAAUUAUUGUUUAAGAAAUGAAACAGCUGUUAUAAAUGGAUAUUAUGUGUAGUUGUUUAAAACAUCCAUUUUCUUUGUGAACAUUUUAGUGAUUGAAGUAUUUUGACUUUUGAGAUUGAAUGUAAAAUAUUUUAAAUUUUUGGUAUCAUCGCCUGUUCUGAAAACUAGAGGCAUCCAACCAUAUCAUAUUUUUUUGAUUGAAAAAAUCUGCAUUUAAUUCAUGUUGGUCAAAGUCUAAUUACUAUUUAUCUUACAUCAUAGAUCUGAUAACUGUAUCGAAAGAAAUCACAUUCUGAGUGUAAUCUUGCGUAGUGCUUCUGUUGUAUUUGUUUUAAUUUGUGGAAAGGUAUUGUAUCUAACGUGUAUCACCUUGAUAGUUCUCAUCUUUAUGUAUUAUUGAUACUUGUAAUUUCCUCAGCUAUAAAAAUGUAGUUACGAUACAACUUGCCUAAAACACUCAUACUUAUUAUUUUUUCUUUACUUACUCAUUUAAACUCAUUGAGAAGAUAGUAGACUAAAAAGGUAAAUUACAGGAAUCACUGAAAUAUUUUUGUAGACUAAUUGUUGUAACUGUCUUUUUUUUCUUUUCAUUUCAUGAUUUUUAUUUUAAAAAUUAUUAGCACAUAGCUAUUUUCAGCCCUUUAAUAAUUGAACAUCAAAGCAUCACCUGUAUCCCCCCCAGCAAAUAUAGAGGACUGUAUUUUUUACUAUGAUAUCCAUUUUCCAGAAUUGUGAUUAUAAUAUGCAGAGUCAGAUAUGCCAUUUACAAUAAGGAGGAGGCAAGGCAAAUGCAUAGAUGUACAAAUAUAUGUACAACAGAUUUUGCUUUUUAUUUAUUUAUAAUGUAAUUUUAUAGAAUAAUUCUGGGAUUUGAGAGGAUCUAAAACUAUUUUUCUGUAUAAAUAUUAUUUGCCAAAAGUUUGUUUAUAUUCAGAAGUCUGACUAUGAUGGAUAAAUCUUAAAUGCUUUGUUUAAAUACAAAAACAAAAUCACCAAUAUCCAAGACAGGAAGAUAUCAGUUCAACAGCUAAUGGUAGUUAGGAAACUAACUCCACUUGUACGGGACUCCAUUUCACUCUUGGUUUUCAGGACAUAACAGCACUUCACAGAAAUAUUCUUUCAGCCAUACACCACUGGUCACAUUUCUACUAAAUCUUUCUGUAACACUUCUUAAAGAUUUUCCUCAUUCGUUAUCUUACAGUGUAAACAGGAUUCUAAUUUGUAUCAAUUCUAUGUUUUGGUUGUAAUAUUCAGUUCACUCACCCAAUGUACAACCAAUGAAAUAAAAGAAGCAUUUAAAAGGA